GUUGCACCGGGAGAGAAAAACCGCUGCUGGAAGGUCGGAGGCGCGAUCGAGCCAGGCCGGAAGCGUCAGUCCGGCUGCAUCUCGACUAUGAGGCAGCUCUCAUGGAGAUACUGUAGGAGCUCACACAGCCAGUCACUCCAUUUGAGCAUUUACACUCUUUAAAUGGGCGUCGCACUCUUCCUUGCACCUCCACUUGCAGUGUUUUCUCCUCUUUUAAUUCAUUCUCAUGCAAGGAUUUAACAUGCCAAAAAGAUGAUCCGGAUCGACGCUCUUGGCUGCACAAGCCUGCAAACGACUGAUUGCAACACAUAGAUCCGAAAAGGAAAGGAUUAUUAUUAUUAUCAUCAUAUAUGGGCUGCAUUUAAUUUCCUCCCCCCCCCCGCCUCCACCCGGAUUUCGGAUUAUUCUUGGGAAUGGAAGGACGGGAUUUCGCAGCUCCGGCCCAUCUCCUGUCAGAGCGAGGCGCCCUGGUGCACAGAGCCACCUCUCGGAUCGCCCCCUCCGGCCACAGCUCCGUGCAGCACGCCGGUCACUUCCCGCCGGGGAAAUACUACCCCUCACACAUACCAAUGGCUCCACACUCAGGAAGUGGAUUGAUGGGAAAUUCCUCCGCCUCCUUCAUGGGGACCUUCCUGGCUAGUAGUCUGGGCUCUCCCCCUUCCCACCCGUCACAUCAUUCCCGGCCGCCCUCCUCACCUUCCUCACCCUCCUUCCGGGGUGGACCCCAUUCCAGCGCCUCGCAAAUCUGGUUCUCCCAUUCGCAUGAAGCUGCUGCAGGGUAUCCUCGAUUCUCAGGGAGUUUGGCCCACACUUUUCUUCCCAUGAGCCACUUGGAUCACCAUGCCAACAGCGGCGUUCUCUACGGCCAACACCGUUUCUAUGACACCCAAAAAGAGAACUUCUACAUUCGAGGUCUACCAUCACAGCCACCUCUCAUCUCAACCAAUCACAGUCUGCCGUCAAUGUCCAGGGCAGUUUCAGGACUCUCCCAGGGGCCUUGCAGCCGAGAAAGAGAUCCAGGUGGUGGAAUAAGUCUCCAUAAGAGCCUUAAAGAGGGAACUGUGGAGAGAGGAGUGGGUCCUGUCAAAGAAAAGGAGAGGUCUAGUAGCAAACAUGAGGCAAAGGAAAGACAGCAGCAGCAUCAGCAGCAGCAGCAGCAGCAACAGCAGCACCACAGCCACCAGUCUGCCCUGCCCACACAUCACCACCACCACCACCACUCCCACUCCCAUCAGCAGCACCCACACUAUCCACAGCACUCUCUGCCCCUGGAGGAGGUCAACAGCCGGGCUCUGGAAAGGCACAAGGCAUCCCUUCCUAUGGAAUACAGCAAGGAUUCACAAAUAAUGGGCAAGCCUUUAAGUGCUUGCUUGCACAAUGGCAAGAUGCAAAAUGGAGAGACAGGAAACGUGUCGGUGCCUAAGACAUCUAUGUCCAGCUGUGGAGGGGAGGGGACACCCUUGGGAACUAUUGGAGGUGGAGGGAGCAACCAUGGCAGACAUAUGGGCUCCAGUGGGAAUAGCCGCUGCACCAAAGAGGGGGUAAGUGGGGAGAUGCGGAUCAGUGAACAACCCUCGGACUGUCUAGAAAGGGGUCAGGCACCACUGCACCAUUCUCUGUCGUACUCUGUACCCCCACCCUUACAACUGGCUUCUACCGCAGGGGCACACCCCCAUCCACACCCGCACACUCACCCUCAUACACAUGCUCACCCAGGAGGCUUCCACUGCCUCCAGCUUCACCCAAGCCACCCGCACCAUCCACAUCCUUCCCACCACGCUCACCACCACCCGGACUUCUUCUGUCCCCCCCCUCCUGCCCCUCUCGGUAACCCUGCCUCACAUGACAGGGGGCCGGCAAAUACAGGACGUGAACCUAAAGUUACAGGGCCUACAUUUGUGCCAUCUGUAGCAGACACCGGGGACAAACACGGAGGGCCAUUCCAGCUUGGUAACCCUGACUGCCAGGUGCUAGGCAGUGGAGGUGGAAAUGUCAAGGACAAAGUUAUGGACAAAAAUGGUGGGGGUGGGGGACACCAUAGUAGUUGGCAUAGAAAACAACAGCAGCAGCAACAACAACAGCAACAGCAUCAAUACAGAAAAACAGAGAAGGCUCCAGACUGGAUGCAGUCACACCACCAACAUCUCCAAGCCUCCCAGCUUCCUCCACCGAUCCAACAACAACAACAACAACAACAACAACAACAACAACAACAACAGCCUCCACAACCGCAGAAGCAACAUCAGGUUGUACGAUCACGCAGUGCUGAGUGUGUAAACAGUACUGUGGACAUGGACGUGUUCAGAUCCUCGUUGCCCCUGGGACCCAAGACUGGACACUCUCUCCCACAUUCUGUCAACACCUCUCCUUACAGAGACUGUUCCCAUUCAGGGCCACCACCUAACUCUUCCCCGCUUGGAAACAAAAACAUGAGUCAGCAUAGUGGUCCUGGUGGUAGCUGCUCCUUGCAGAGAGAUGGACAAAAAGUUGCCAGGAUUCGCCACCAGCAGCAUGGGCGACCUGGCCCAGAUGCUGCUUCUCCGGGGGAGCUAAACCAAGGGGCAGUGCAGGAUAUGAAAAGAAAAAUGGACAUGUCCGCUUACGGUUACAACAACAACAGUGGGCAGCAGCAGCAACACCAGCAGCCCCCUGUGCCACAAUGGGCCAUGAGGGGUCACCACCACAUGCCACAAACUGAGGAGGAGCCAAGAAAGUCUUACAUGGAUUUAGGAAGCAGUAAUAUGCAACAUUCACAGCAGCAACAACAGCAGCAGAGAAUGAAUCAGCCUACUCAGCCUGCACCUCCAGUCAGUCAGCAGCAGCAGCAACCUGAGCCUCAAGGCCCAACUCGGGGGGAGAGCAGUGCCAUGAAAAGCUUACUUAAGUACAGCAACCAGCAACAGCCACAGCUCCUCUCUCAGAAAACCCCCUUUGGUGGCUUGGGGAACCUGAAAUCAGGUCCAGCUGGCGGAAGCUGCGCCCUACAGAUUAACAAGCAAACUCUACCGUCAAGAAAGGGUCCGGCCAAUGACAACGAGCGCCCUGAUUACAACGGGCGACAUCGCGAUGUCGGGGAAGCAGCCCACGGAGAAAGUGAGGUGAGGCAGCCGCCCGUUGGGAUUGCUGUGGCCGUGGCCAGACAAAGGGAACCUUCGUGUCGUUCAUCAGACGGUCAUCACAGCAGUCGACAUGGCAGGGUGCAUCCCACUGUAAAAGGACCACCCCACAAUGCCAUGUAUCCCUCAGAUGCGACUACUGAGCAGGAGAGAAAAAUGAUGAGCGGGGAGCAAAUAGGUCUGACUUGUUUGGACAGAGAGAGGGAUGCAUACAUCAGAGAUAAUAAGGAGAGGGUGGAGUUUUCAAGGAUUCAUCCCUCAAACAGCUGUCACGGGGACCUCACUUCACAUCUUAUGGUCCCAGGCGGGACUUCCCUCCAAUCUGGCCAAUUAGCAGACCCUGCUGCACAUUCUGCUCACCACCAUUGGAUGCCAAGAACUGGAAGCCCGUCCCUUUGGAUGACAGGACAUUCUUAUGCCGGUAUAGGUCAUACAGCCCUGCACCAGAACCUUCCUCCAGGUUUCUCUGCAGCAAUGCCAGGUCCUCUACAGCCAGUUCUGCCCCUGCCUCAGGAUCCGUCUGCCCAGUUGGUGGUUCUGCCCACUGAACCUCCAGCUCAUCCUGCAACCCAUCACCUUGAUGUGAUGGAACAGCCAGGGCUUUGGCCACCCGUGUAUGGAGCCCGGGGCCCAGCAUCCCACAUGCAGCAUCCCACUGUGUACUCCCGAUCCCAGUUUCUACGGCAACAGGAACUGUAUGCUCUCCAGCAGCAUCAACAGCUCCAGCAUCAGCACCAAAGCCACCCGUCACAGCAACCGCAAACACAACAUCAGCAGCAGCAGCAGCAGCAGCACAAAGCUGUGCAUGGCAUGGACAUGCAACACCAAGCCCCCCACAAUGCACAGAUGCAGAAGCGGGCAGAGGAACCUUCUGUUGACCUGGGGGAGCUCAUCCCAAAAUCAAGGGCGUCAAAACCUGCCAAGCCGUACUCUUACAACCCUCCCCAGAGAAACACCUCGCCCCCUGGUGCCUGCACGGCUCACUUGUCCCCCUGUUGCCAGUCACCUUCAAUGCGUCCACAUCCCAAAAGCACUCCAUCUACACCUUGCCCAGCUCCCAGCCCAGCUGUUACAGGCCCCCACUCUCCUAACAUGAGUCCAGCCCCAACCCAGGUGCCCAAAGGGUCUGACACCCAGGAUAAGAGAGGGGAGGGUCAGCCCCUGCAAGAUUAUCCAGAAUCUUUGGAACCUGACCUGCCUCCUGGAUACACCUAUUCUGCAAUCACACUUGGCUACAGGGGUGGACCGUCUCCUCAGGAUAUUCAGCUUGCAGAGCCAGCCGACCUGGAAGCCAUCCAAGCUGAGCCUUCCGAACAUGCCCCCCAGUCCCUCUCUGGCCUAGGGGAGGGGCUAGACUGCCAAGUGGUGGUUAGGCCUCUCUCUGAGCCACUUGCACCCAAGGAAGUGGAGCAGGAAGAUGAGGGGAGCAUUGUCAAACGAGUCCUGGACGAGAGGGAAGAGGUGGAGGCAUCAUUGGGGACAGCAGCCAGCUAUGUAUCACAAGAAAAAGAGUUGGCGGAGCAGGGGACUGCGGAGGAAGAGGUACUUGUUUGCCCCCCUGCUGACAGCCCAGUGUGCGAGGCUGCAUCCUGUCCAGCUCCCCUCGCUACAGAUGAGCCUGAAAGGGCAGAGGCUGUCAUCACUUUGGAAGAUGAAGAGGAUGAACCUGUUGGUGAGGAGAGCCAGGUAGAGCAUGUUCCAAAGGUCACCGUGUCAGCAGAUCAGGCCACCUUGGGUGAGCUUAACCCUGCCACUCCUGUGGUCCAUGAGGAGCAGUCCCCUGAAGUGGACAGCAAGAUGGCCGCUCAUGAUGCCUCGUUGGAUUUGGUGUCACAUGCAUCAGUGUCCGUCCAAAGUGAAUUGACUGUCGCUGAAUCGCAGAAACCUCUUGUGCCAUGCUACUGGAGCCUUGAGCUGCUCAUCGCUGCAGCUUUCUGCACGGAUGUACCCCCAUUUCCUUUGUUUCCUUUCAGCACCCCAUCAGUUAGCUCAUCACUGCCCAACCCCUGUCAGGGUAUGGAGCUUCUGAGUGAAGUGGCUGACCUGGAGUUACAACAGAAAAGGCACAACUGUGGGGAAAGCCAAGAGGAAGAAUCGCUGAUGUUUGACCUCCACAGCCUUGCAACGCUGGCUGCGGCCCGAUCGCUGGAGACAAGCUCACGGGAAGGCGGCGGUGUGUGUUCAGGUCGACAAUUCCCAGCGCGUAAGACCUUCAAUUUGCGUCGGAAAUGCAGCUGGACACCUCGAAAUGAACCGGUGUGCCAAGCGAAAGGUAGCAUGGAAACAAUGGAUGCUCCAGAGCUUGAGAUGCGUGUGAAGCUGGCCGAGCUUCAGCGUCAUUACAAGGAGAAGCAGAGGGAGUUGGCUAAGCUGCAGAGAAAACACGACCAUCAAAAAGAGGAAACGCCUCGUAGCCCGGCACGAAGAGGCCCAGGGCGGCCGAGGAAGAGGAAGCCCACUAUGCUCACUAUGAGCUCGGUGUCGUCCGAGGGCCAAAGAAAAGUCAAGAUGAUGGUGGCCGGGCAUUCUCUAGCGCCUGAGGAGCUGGGAGGGGGUGGAGAAAACCAGAAAAGGAAGAAGAGGCUGUCCAGUCGAGUCUUUGAGCAAGCCAGCGGGACACAGCAGAUUAAAGCGCAAGGUUGCAGAAAAGGUGAUCCUCAAAGCGCGCUGGGUUCCAAGCUGGCCACUGACGUGGCACAGCUCAAACAGAAGAGCCAGGCUAAAAAGAAUCUCUCAGGGACGCGCUACAGAGAAAAGGAGGUCUCACCCUGCAACUCAAAGCACGGACACAGAAACCAGGGCGCCAGGAAAACGGAGUUCAGGCGAGACUCCGGGGGACACAGCGACACAGCAGCCAGUGUGGACAGUGGCCCCCAGGAGAGCUGGGCAAAGAAAGGAGGAGAGGAUUCCACUCAUGAGAGUAAGAUGGGGCCAAGGGCUGUCCAUAGUCAGAGACAGGAGUCAUUGGGAGAGACUUCCAAUCCUGAGAGUGACUCCUCAGAACAAGGAGAAGAAGAGGAAGGCAGCAAUGAUAGUGAUGAAGGUCAAGACCCAAGAGCCCAACAUUGCAGAGAUGUGACUCCCAGCUGUACCAUGACAGGUCCGAGUCCUUCUUCCAUUGUAAAACUUGAGGCAAAUCAGAAAGCCAGGAACAAAAAACAGAGACAGGAGCUUUAUGGCUCCCAUAGUCUUCCUGGCGCAGAAGGCGAGGUCAAAGUAAGGAAGAAGAACCCCUGUAGGUCAGUUCUGGCCAAUGCAGGCAAAAGCCAGCACGAGGAUCAGAUCCGUGCAGAUCAAGCUAUUAGGAGAGCGUGCACAUCCAAAAUCAAGGAGCCUCGAUGGGGAAGCCACGGCAACAGAGGCAAUCGUUUCCGGCGUAGCAAGGGACUACCCAUCUUUCCAACAACGAGCGAGAGGUUAAAGAGGGCGACACGCAAAAGCACCAUGUUGAGAGGAGCCAUUAAGCAGCGAAAUGGCUGGGCGCCAUUUCCAAAGAGUGAGGAAGGCAGCAGAGGCAGAAGAGCCAAGGACCAACAGCCAAAGGGUCGAGCGGUUAGUCGACUGCUCGAGAGUUUUGCGGCUGAUGAGGGCUUUCAGAUGGAUGGUAGCAGCUUCUCCGAGGAAGAAGAGGAGGAGGAGGAGGCGAACGGUGAUUCAUGCACAAAGAGUCCUGAAGUUCCAAAUUGUGUCUUGACCAAAGAGCUGUUAACAGAUGGACUGAAGAUACUGGUCUCUAAGGAGGAUGAACUACUGUAUGCUGCCAGGCUGCACACAAUGGAGCUCCCAGAUAUUUUUAGCGUUACAAUUGACGGAGAAAGAGGAAACCGUGCAAAGAUCUAUUCAUUGGACCAACUACUACGGGAAGCUGUCCUGGAUGUACGCCCUGAGUCAGAGGCUAUGCUAAACGAUGGAACCAGGGUGUGUGCUUACUGGAGUGAACGCUCACGCUGCUUGUACCCAGGCUAUGUUCACAGAGGGACUUCCACUGAUGAGGCCAAGCCAGGAGUAAUGGUAGAGUUUGACGAUGGAGACAGAGGGAAGAUUUCUGUACCAAACAUCCGCCUCCUGCCGCCAGGAUAUCAAAUUCACUGCGAGGAGACAUCUCCUGCUGUGCCGGUAUCCAGUGGGACAACAGUCAAGAAAAGCCCCAGCUUCAAUCAUACCUCCAGUGACAAACUCAACACUCUCAGUGCCGUCAAAAACAACCAACCUUUAACUCUCCCAAAAAGAAGACCAGGGAGACCAAAGGGUUCUGGGAAAAAACAAAAACAACAGCAGCUGGCUGAAAGCUGCAAUAAAAAUUCUUCCCUUUUUGCGGCCUGGUCUUCAUUGACCAGCACCAGGAAGAGGACGUCCCACAAUCUAUUUCAGCUUAAUGGGACACCAAGAAAGGCCUUGAGAUUGAAGGAGGAUGACUCAUUUGCUUUGACUCAGGUCCAACCGCUUGUGUCCGCCCCAUCCAAAGGGCUUUUCAGCAGUAGCUCCUUUGAGGUGGACUCCUUUCGCAGUAUUGCAAAUGGCUACUCCUCCUUCUGUACCAAGUCCAUGGGGACAGGUCCAGAUUUAUCUGUUGCGCCUAAAAGUGGGCUUUAUGGACCAAGGCAUAGACCAGAUGAGCUGGCAAUGCCGAGGGGCAGGAAGUCCGGACAAGAGUUUCUGGUCAAGUUAGAUCAUGAAGGAGUAACAUCCCCAAAGACCAAGAACAGCAAAGCUCUGUUGCUGCGAGGUGGAUCUUCCAGUGUGAUUGCAAUGCCCAAGACGGAAGCGUACUCACAUCCGGUCCUUUUGGUUAAAGACAACAAAAAGGGCGGCAACUCAAAAGUAGAACUUCUCCUGAAAGGAACCACACCCCAAAAAAAGCCUUCGCCUUCGUUGCGUCUAGGCGAAUAUGGAGACUUGGGGUUCAGCUCGCACCGAGAGUGUCAUAGCUCCUACUCUGACAUGGAUGAGGAAGAGGAAGAAGAGGAGGAGAGGAAAAGGGCUGCACUCGCGUUAGCUUCAGGAGGACUACGGACUGCCGGCCAUUUCCUCUCCCAUCUCCCCGUGUCAUCCUCCUCUUCUGGUUCAUCUAGUUCCUCUUCAUCAGGCUCCAUCUCUAGCUCCAGCCUUUCUUCCUCUGACAAUGACUCCUCCUACAGCUCUGAGGAUGAGGAACGUUCUACACUGAUGCUACAGAGUUGCCUGUCGUCUCAGCGGGGGCUUCUUCAAUCCAGUGAAUCCUCCACUUCUUCAAGGCAUCAUUCGUUUGUGGCCAAAGCUUUGGCUGUUUCCAAUACCAAAGGAUCUGCUGACAGUCAUAUGUCCAACAGUAAAUCGCUGAAGAGGAAAGAGUGUUCGAUCUCUAAAUCAUCUAGAGAAUUUCUGAAAAAACCUAGGAUUCUCCCAGAGGACAACUCAUGUAUUCUGAGACCCAAGAUAUCCACAUUCCUUGCAGGACGCCAGAUGUGGAGGUGGUCUGGCAACCCUACACAGAGGCGAGGCCUAAAGGGGAAGGCCAAGAAGCUUUUCUACAAGGCCAUUGUGAGAGGAAAAGAAGCCAUGAAAGUAGGAGACUGUGCCGUGUUCCUCUCAGCAGGACGCCCAAACCUACCGUACAUUGGUAAAAUUGAGAACUUCUGGGAAUCCUGGACCUCGAGCAUGGUGGUCAAAGUCAAAUGGUUCUACCACCCUGAAGAGACAAAGCUGGGGAAGAGGCAUCGAGAUGGCAAGCAUGCCUUGUACCAGUCGUGUCACGAGGAUGAAAACGAUGUCCAGACAAUCUCUCAUAAGUGCCAGGUGGUGAGCCGGGAGGAGUAUGAGAGUCUGACUCGCAAUCAGAAGCCGAACAGUACCUCACCAGACCUGUACUACCUGGCUGGUACAUAUGACCCCACUUCUGGUCAGCUGGUCAGUACUGAAGGGGUUUCGAUCAUGUGCUGAACCUCUACUAUGAGGAAACUACUGAACAAUUUCUCCUUACUUUUUGGCUUACACACUGGAGACUAUUGGUGUCUAACCUUGCUGGAAGAGACGGAGAUUCCUAUACUGGUUUUUUCAAGACACGUGGCUGAACAUUGGGUCUUCUUGUGCAUCGCAGCCUUCACUAACUCGUGUUACAUUGGUUGUAUCACAUGAUUGACACAUACGACACUGCUUCUAUCAUCAAAACAGAGCUGAUAGUGCAUUGAAGAGGGCCACAAGCCACAAGGCUAAAUGGUCUCUGAGGACCAAUUUUCUAAAAGGUAGCCUAACCUGAACGAAGAAGUGACAAGCGAGACCCGGGCCUUCGUCAUUCCAGGGAAACGUGUAAAGUUGAUGUCUGUAAAGAUUUGAAAUUGUUCCAAAACCAAGCCAUACACUUCAGUACCUCUCACCUGUCUUCACUGUUCAGGUGUACAUUGUACAGAUGGAUUAUCGUAUUGUUGUCUGUUGUCUAUAUGUACAUAAAAGCUAUUUUAUACAGGAGUAUAUUGUAUAUAUAUGAGAUGUAUCUUUCCAUGUUUUGCGAUUGAUUUAUUUUUAUAUGUGUAUAGAUUGUUUUUUGUUGGUUUUCUUUCCUUUGCUUUGGGAAAUCAUGAUUGAAGAUGUUAGCAUUGCACUGCAAAUGCCCUGCUGAGACAGAAAGACAGACAGAGCACAGACAAAGAGAGAAGGAUUUAGUCUAUAACAGGGCAAGACUCGCUCUCUGAGAGAUAUGGAGUCAUCCUGUUAAAAAAAAAAAAAAAAGGUCAAGUGGCUUUUUCGUAUACGUUCUGUUACUUGGGAUUUUUUUUAUUUUAACCUAUCAUUUUUGUAUUAUUUAUGUACUUCUCAGUUGGUUUAUAAGGCAGAUCCCGGUGGACUGCAAUCACAUACAGUAUGAAAACUAAUUUAAGGCUGAUAAAAUGAAUAUACCCUAUUGACAUAUUUGUGCGUGAUGAGAGUCCUCGAUAAUGGUGCCCACGCAAAUCAAUUGAGAACAAGACCGGGUCUUUUAUUGAGGAUAUUUUGCACCCAUUGCGCCCGCAAAUGCAUAACUUAACGCAACCUAAAAACAUACCAAAGUGGCUUGAGUAACUUUAUUUGAAUUUAACAUAUGAAAAAGAACCUGUAUUGAAUUAGAAUCUGAAAUCACUGGUAACUUAUGGAAAUACUUCUCCACUAUGUGUAUUGGCUGUGCAUCGUGACAAUGGCUGCUUCUUGCACACGUUUUGUCUAGUGCAAAAAUAAGCAUCAAAAAGCCCACCAGAAUGAAACAUUGAGGUACUGACAAAGUAAGAGCAUUAAAAAUAUGUUGUCUAUUUCAGUUGCAUCAUCUAUUUUGUACAGUACAUGCACAUACUCAAUACUAACUGUGAAGGACAAUCAGAUUCACAAAGCAAUGGACUUUGGAGUUCGUUCAAUCUGAAAAUGAUUUACAUUUUAUUUAAUUUGUGCCAAGUACAUUUUUGUCUACUUUAGUCUUGUUUUAUAUGCAAUCCUGACUAUUUUGUGUUCACAAAAGGUUUAUUUUGUUUGCCAAUACACUCUUAUUUAUUUUUAUCUGUCAACGUUGCUGUUUGUUCAAAGCAAGGAGCGCUUUAUGAGAAUGUGACAUUGUUUUUAAUUGGUGUGAUGUCGCAUUUUGCAUUUCUUAAAUAAAAAAAAAAAGCGGUCUUAUAGAGACCAAACAGUGAAAA